AGCGACCUGGACGUUGAGAGCCUGUGUCACGCGGCCGUGACGUGCAAGGGCUGGCACCGCGUCAUCGAGAGCAAUGACGGCUUAUGGAGGCACCACUGCUUGAGUGCGAGGGCUGUCUGCCAGCGGGAGAUCGACUGCGAUCGAGGACAUGGGUAUUCCUGGAAGAUCACGUUACUGAGAAACUACUGGAAAAGCAAAGUGAAGCAAGAAUGGCUGAGUGGGAAAUACAGCAACAUUCCUUCACAAAACAGCUUGCCAGAGAAAAGCAUGUAUCCGAUGGAUGUUGACACAUGGGGAGAAAUCCUGGAAGCAGAACUUGAGAGAUGA